AUGCCUCCCCAAUUAUCACACCGAAUUAAGUCAAUCCAAGGCGUUCGUCUGCCUGGGAGGUCUUCGACUUGGGAUAUUCACAUUGACCACUCGGUGGGCACACCAACAAUCACCAGCGUGACCCCGCAUGUAUCGGAGGUGGCCGAGUCCCCUCUGCUCUUACCAGCUCUGACACAUCCACACAUCCAUCUCGACAAAGCAUUCGUCCAUAGUGCGCCCGCAUAUAUAGACUUGCUGCCCUCGACUGGAACUUUCCAGGAAGCACUAUCCUCCACCACAAAGGCCAAGCAGCGAUUCAGCCAUGCCGAUCUUCUCAGAAGGGGUGAGUGGUUACUGGCCGAGUCCGUCGCAUCAGGAGUAACCGCAAUGCGAGCAUUCGUGGAAGUAGACCACACAGUAGAGCUCAUCUGCAUAGAAGCCGCCAUUGCGCUGAAAAACCGAUGGGCGCAAUCGUGCAAUAUCCAGAUCGCCUGCUUUGCACAAGAUCCCAUUUUCUCCAGCGAGCACGGUGAGCAAAAUAUGGGUUUCUUGCAAAAUGCCCUGUCGGGGUAUGAUCAGAUCGACGUGAUAGGCACAACACCCUACGUUGAAUCCGACCUCGAAGCCGCGAAGAAGAAUAUCGAGUGGGCGAUUGACUCUGCUCUACAAUUGAAUAAACAUGUCGACUUCCAUCUAGACUAUAACCUUGACCCAAAGAAAGAGCCACUCGUCUGGCACGUUCUCCACACUCUCAAAGAUCGAAAAUGGACUUCGCAUUCGUCCAAGCGUGUCAUGAUCGGCCAUUGCUCGCGUUUGACUCUCUUUUCGGAAGACGAUUGGGCGCGCCUCGCUGCCGAAAUUCACGAUCACGGCCUGCCUGUCACUUUCGUGGGUCUCCCCACCAGCGAUGUUUACAUGGCAGCAGCUCCAAACGGUAGUCCCCAGGAUCGACCCCGAGGUACACUGCAAAUCUUGCAUUUGAUCCGCAAGCACAAGCUUGAUGCUGUGAUGGGUGUGAACAAUGUCGGAAACUCUUUUACGCCGUGGGGUUCAGCAGACCCAUUGUCGUUGGCUUGUCUGGGUGUCGGUAUUUACCAAGCCGGGAGUCAGGCUGAUGCUGGGUUGUUGUAUGAGUGUGUUUCGACACGGGCUCGAGCGGCCAUUGGUCUGGAAGCCCGGGAGGGUCUUUGUGUACAGGAUGGCUGGGCGCCAGACUUGUUGCUGGUGCGUGAUAGGGAUGAGACAGGAUGUGGCGUAUCCAGACCCAGGUCAAACGUGGCGGAUGUUGUGUGGUCUCCGCCUGGGGUGGUGAAUCGGGAUAUUGUGGUAGGUGGACGGUUGAAGGGAUCGGUUUGCAAGAAAGAUGAUCUUUAUCAUUUUUCGUCACUUCCCCGUCUUUAG